AGAGAAGCCACACGACAAGCAGGCCAGAGGGGGCAGGCAGAGCCGCAGAGGAGAGGGGAACCGCCAGCCAGAGCCCAGAGCCAGCAACGGGCACGAACCAACGUGACCUCCAAGGCGGAGGAGGAGAGAGAGGCACGGAGCGAGCGCAACGACGAGCAACGGAACAAGAGGGCGCGCGGCGAGGAGGCAGGACGCGACGGUUGCCAGGAGGGAGCCGGUCCAGCGGUGCAGCCGCGGCGCCCGAGGCACAAGAGCACGCGCCUGUCAGCCAGCCCGUGCCCAUGGUCGCGCGCGCCGCAGCGGUCGCCCCUCUCCCGUGAGUUGCGAGGGACGACGACGCGGCGCGCAGAUGAAGGUGUCCAGGAAGCCGCCGCAGCAGCCGGAGGAGCAGGAGGAAGGGUCGCCGGCGCCGGCGGAGGCCCAGGGGGAGGAGGAGGAGGCGGGGUGCUCGGGGAAGGCGCCGGACGGGGAGGCGGAGGCGGAGGCGGAGGCGGAUGGGAGCACGGUGGUGGUCGGCGUGCGCGCGGACAACGAGAGCCGGGCGCUGCUGACGUGGGUGCUCGUCAAUGCGGCGGCGCCCGGGGACCGGGUCGUGGCCGUCCACGUCGUCGUGGCGUCCCGGGCGGAGGCGGCUGCCGCGGUCGACUUCGACGCCAUGCUCGGCGUCUACGAGGGGUUCUGCAACCUCAAGCAGAUCAAUCUGAAGGUCAAGAUUUGCAAGGACUCGUCGGUUCGCAAGGCACUAGUCCGUGAAGCCAAACUGUUUGAGGCCUCCAAGCUUGUCCUUGGGCUCGCUAAGAAAAGGCGUGCAAUUUCGUCCUUGCAUUCAGUUGCAAAGUAUUGCGCGAAGAAGCUGCCCGCAAGUUGUGCGGUCUUUGCCGUGAACAAUGGCAAGAUCGAGUUCAAGAGAGAAUCAAAUAUCCACUCAGGCAAGAUCUCAGCUGAAGUUGCUCCUUGUGGUGAAGAUGACAUGUAUUGCGUAGUGCCGUUCCAAGCCCAUCAACCUAAAGAUGUUGGUGAGGGUGACACCACGCAAGAUGUUGGCACAAAGGACAGUAAGCCAGAGGACACCAUCGUGGAAGCGCAGCCUGUUUCAUGCUUGGACCCUGUGGAUUUGUCAAGGGAUCGGGUUCAGAUUGAUGCAGAUCCUUGUGUUAAGGCUGAAGAGUCAUGCGUCGAACCUGUGGAUUUGUCAAGGGAUCAGGUUAAGAUCGAUACAGAUCCUUCUGUUAAGUCUGAAGAGUCAUGCAUGGACCCUGUGGAUUGGUCAAGGGUUCAGAUUCAGAUUGAUACAGAUCCUUCUGUUAAAGCUGAAGAGUCAACAGCUGAACAGAAAGAUGGGAUUUCGGAGCUUCCUGGUCAGGGUGCUAGCGUGUUGUACUGUGUGCUUCCGGCAAGGAGUUCCGAUUCAGUCGCAAGUACUUCAAGUAGGCAGGACCAUGAUUCAAUUGAUCUGCCAACUGAAGGGGCUGGGGAGCUCUACUGUGUCUUACCCCCAAGAAAUGGUCAUUCUGGCAGGAGUAUUGGUGAUUCUAAGCGUUCAACUGUGAGUUGGAAAGGUGCUAAACCAUCCAAGUCGGCGCUUGAAGGGGAUGGCGACCUGUACUGCCGGCUGCCUAAGAAUGGACGUUCGGGUAGGAGUUCUGGGGGAUCCAAACGUUCUGUUGGUAUAAAAGGUGUGAUUAGGCGUAGCAGCAGUUUCUCCAGUCAUAUUCAUGUGAACUCGGAGACAUCACCUAGUAAGAGGGAUGGCUCAGUUUGCAUGGCUACUACUGAACAGUCAUCCUCUACUGUAUCCACAGAAGCUGAGGAUUCACCAAAUUACUCUGCACGAAAUGCUGAAACUCACUUGAGUUCUCCAAUGUCAUUGAGAAGGAUGAUAGAAGGAAGAUCCGACCGCUGCCACCUCCGUAGGAGGAUCUUCAGCCAUCACAGAAGCUCAUCUUUUGAAUGGGCAAAAAUCUCAAUGGUUCAAUGGGCAAUGAGGCUUCCAAGCCGUUACACUUCAGUCCACCCAGACAGCAAACUAUUGAAAUCGGAUGCAAGUCCAAGGUUGAACUGUGAUUCUGAAACUGAAUCCACUUCAGCUGUUGAGCCAGAAUCUAUGUUUUCUUUCGCUUUCUAUGAUGUAGCAUGGCCUCCAAGUGAAUUGGAAUUGCUUCGACAGAAGUAUUCUUCAGUUUGCCGGUUGUUUGGUUACGAAGAACUCAAACUUGCAACAUCCAACUAUUCACCUGAUAUGCUAAUUGGAAAAGGUGGAACCAGCCAAGUUUACAAGGCACAACUAUAUGAUGGAACAUAUUCUGCCAUAAAGAUUCUGAAACCCUCGAUUGAUGCAAUACAUGAGUUUAUUACAGAGAUUGAGAUUGUAACCAGCUUGCAACAUGACAACAUUGUCGCACUAAGGGGAUUCAGCUUUGAGAACUACAAUCUUGUGUUGGUAUAUGAUCACAUGUCCAAAGGAAGCUUGGACAAAGCUCUUCAUGGUAAGCCUCAAGGAAAUAAUGAUGACAAUAAUUUUCUUAUCUGGGAGAGGAGAAAUAAGAUAGCAAUCGACAUUGCAAGAGCACUUGAAUUCCUUCAUCUUGGCAGUGUGACCCAAUCUGUGAUUCAUGGCGAUGUUAAGUCUUCAAAUGUCCUCCUUUCUGAGGAUUUUGGGGCAAGGCUCUGUGAUUUUGGGUUAGCAAAGCAAGUGUCAGCUUCGACUCCCCACCUAACAUGUACUGACAUCACCGGAACUUUCGGGUACUUGGCUCCCGAAUAUUUUUCGUAUGGUAAGGUCAAUGAGAAGAUUGAUGUCUAUGCUUUUGGAGUCGUACUGCUAGAGAUUAUUUCAGGAAGGAGACCCAUUACACCAGGAACUGCAAAGGGCCAGGAAAGCCUGGUUGGUUGGGCAAAGCCCUUGCUGUCCAGUGGAGAAAUUAAACAGCUGGUUGACCCAUUUCUGGGGAACGAUUAUGACUGCGAUGAAAUGGAGAGGAUGACGCUGGCCGCUUCGCUGUGCACAAGGACAUCCUCUCAUUCUAGACCAGAAAUGUCACUGGUCCUGAAACUGCUCCAAGGGGACGACGCUACAAUCGCUUGGGCACGGUCGCAGGUCACCGCCAGCUUCGACGGUUCGGAUGAGGAGAUCUCAACCCCUGAGUCUAACAUGCAGUCGCAUCUGAGCCUUGCGCUGCUCGGGGUGGAGGAGGACGACACGCUCUCGCGCUGCAGCAGCACCGUGGACACCUCGGCCGACGGCUACUGGAGCCGGUCGUCGAGCUUCGACUAGCACCCUCAAUCUCCAGAGUUGUGUGUACAGAUUCCAUGUGUUUGGGGGUGAUUGGCGAGAUGAUUGCGUCCGGGCAGUGGAAAACAGAGGCCUGCCUGCUUAUUAGUUGGGAGAUGCGGUGGUCGUAGCGUUGCUAAUUUAGUUAGGAAGUUGAUUUUGUUGUAGAUCUAACCCUGCUGGCCCUGGCCCUGGCCCUACGAUGCAGUUGUUGUUCUGUUAUCAUUUAUCAGUGGUUUCUUGGUCCA